AUGAAUCACUCCGGCUCAUAUUACGUGAUUGUUCUAGGCACUAAGAUGGCUCUGAAGUUCCUGAGGAAGAAAACAACCAAACUGAAGAGCUUCUUAAGGGAGUACAGCAUCUCUCUCUACCUGUCUCCCUGCCCCUUUAUCAUCAACAUGUUCGGCAUUGCCUUUGAGACAGARGACUACUACGUCUUCGCUCAGGAGUAUGCCCUGGCAGGAGACCUCUUCGACGUCAUUCCCCCUCAGGUGGGUCUUCCAGAGACMGUGGCUAAGCGUUGUGUCCACCAGGUGGCCAUCGCCCUGGACUACCUGCACUGUAAGAAGCUAGUCCACCGGGACAUCAAGCCUGAGAACAUCCURAUCUUUGACAAAGAGUGCCGUAAGGUCAAGCUGUCAGACUUCGGCAUGACACGGCYUGCCGGUUCCCCAGUGAAGCGUGUCAGCGGAACCAUCCCGUACACAGCACCGGAGUUGUGCGAUGCCUCGCAGCACGAGGGCUUCUGCGUGGACUACAGCACUGACGUGUGGGCCUUCGGUGUCCUCCUCUUCUGCAUGCUCACCGGCAACUUCCCCUGGGAGAAGGCCCUGCCGUCCGACGCCUUCUACCAGGAGUUUGUGCGCUGGCAGCGGCGCCGGACGGGCACCGUGCCCUCUCAGUGGCGGCGCUUCACAGACGAGGGGCUGCGCAUGUUCCGCAGGCUCCUGUCCAUUGAGCAGGAGCGCCGCUGCUCCGUUAAGGAGGUUUUCAGCUACUUCAACCACCACUGGAUGCUGGACAAUGAGCCAGGUAGCAGCAGCGUUGCAGGAGGAGGGUCAGUGGGCAGUGGGCCCCAGGUGGAGCUCAGCUCGUCGUCAUCUGAAGAGGAUGUACUGGUGGACAGGCUAAAGCAGCAGAGCCUGAUAGAGCCCAUGGGCGGACACUACUCCUCCACCGGCUCCCCCUCCUCCACCAGCAGCUACGAACGUGUCUCCCGUGACAAUGGAGGGGCUGGACGCAUCUUGGUGGCCACGCCCAUUGAAAUUUGUGUGUAGAGAUUGGCUAUGUGCACACACAUACACACACUGUAUAAACACUAACAUAUGAAGGUCAAAUAACAGAGUACGAUCUUCCUGGUCAAAGUAAGUGGUGGGAGAACAGCCUGGUCUCAUAGACUAAAAGUAACAUAGUAAAUGUAAAUCCUCGACACUGAAAUUAUUAUGAUAUGUUAC